UAUAGUAUAAUCCACAACAAUCAAAAGUACCAAAUCUUGCUCUUCUUUUCAGCUAGAUCUUACCUAUCAUUCGCCAAGAGCUAGCUAUGGCCGUUCGAUCAACAGGUCACUUGAAAAACGUAGUGCAGAGGUUAAGAACUUACACGACUACGGCGACCGCACCAAGAUCCAAACCGUAUUCUACUGCAGCGACGGAGUACGGUGGUCAGAGAACCGCCACCACAACGGCAGCAACAAAAGGUGACUUCACACCAGUUUACGUUUCCAUAGGGUUGAUUUCAUUGUCAGUAUCAUUCGGUGUCUACACUGCUUAUCUUCAUCUACACGAAAACCCUAGCGUGCGUGUCAACAAGAAGACAAGAGAGACUGUUCCAGAGAUUGAAGAUCCCGAUAGAGUUCUAAACGAAGCGGACCGGUUCGCGAACAGGUCCUGGUUUAGGAAAAUAGCUCACAUUCAAGAGUUUGACAAGCAGGAUGUGAUCUCCGAUCCAAUCAGGAAAGACCAGUUCGCUCAUAAACCUCGUGCCGUGACGCUGAAGGAUGUUGGCGUUGAUCCUAAGAUGGCUACGGCUCACUGAGCUUUAUAGAAACACUGGUUUAUGUGUUUUGUUUUCCAUGUUUCUGUCUAUAAAUAAUACAACAUCUGAAGGAGAUCAAGAGUUUUCAAAUUGGUCUAUUUAAGGUUUUAUUCCUUUUUUUCUCUUAAUGUAUUACAAGUGAUCAAGCAACUUGAGUGUAUUUUCGUGUUCUUGAACAGCAUGUAAUCAUCUAAUGAAAUUUCCGGUUUAAG